CUAUUGGUGCUCCUCGGACGCUUCCGGUCGAGCAACUUCCGGAUGCUUGGCUCUCGUCUCAAAAGCCUCCCCUGCGAGCGCGCCGCAUGGCCGAUAUUUUCUUAAUCGCUUGCACCUCUCAGCAGUGCGGCUGACGACAUGUCGAGCGAAUAUUUUAGAGGACUGGACAACAGUGCACAGCAGCGCUACCAAGACAAGCUGUCCUUCGAAGGCCAGCAGCUGCCGGACCCGUUGGACGACGAUGUCGUGCAAUUUUCUUUUUCGGCAAGCCCGAGAAACUUUCCGCCUGUCACAGCAGCGGAUAUUUUCAUGUAUUUAGUGGAGGGCGUUUGCUUCUACACAAAAGAACAGUUUAAGAACCACAAACUGAGUGACGCUUACAAUGCAUUCCUGAGUGGGAAAGUUAAGCGUGUAAUGUCGUUCAAGGCAGGCAAGCGCGGAGUCGGCGUCGUCAUCUUAACAGCAUCUGUGGAGGCCAGCCAGCUGCUUUCGAAGACAUACCGACCGUGGUGCGUCGUCAAAGACGACGGCACUGUUGUAAGCGCUCACUGCACGUGCAUAGCAGGACUUGGAGAAUGCUGCACACACGUGGCUGCCCUAUUAUUCAACAUAGAAGCAGCCAUAAAAUAUGGGCUGAAUGACCCGUCUCCAACUGAGACAGCGUGCAGGUGGUCUGAGGUAUCCAGGAAAUCUAUGGUGGCACCAGUCAGCGAGAUAAAUUUUUUCAAGGCAAAGCCUGGACAACAAGUUCCUGAACCUGCCCCAAGGCAACAAGGGUCUAUUCCAACAUGGAGCUCUGAUAAAAUACACAGCUUCUUGCAGCACGUCAAGACAUUUGCCCCCAGCACACUUGUGUUGAGUUGCAUAACAGACAGUGAAAGUACGGAUUCUUCUCCUGAGACUGCUGCAGAAGAAAGGAAGACCAACCACCAGCACUACUCAUCGCGAUCAGCAAUAGAUGACAUUUACAGCAAUAUUGACUUGAAUACUGCAAAAAAUGUUCAGCUCAGUAACGAAUGCUGUGAAGAAAUUGAGCAGUCGACCCGUGGGCAAUCACGGACACUUAGAUGGACCCACGAACGCAAAGGUAGAAUAACGGCCUCAGUUUUACAUCGUGUGCUAGUUUGUCGAAGUGGGGUCAAUGGCAUUGUGGCUGAAAUCAUGGGCUAUGUAAAGGCACCCAGGGUCUCAAACAUCUGUUGGGCAUCUUUGAAUGCUUCAGGGCACCUAGAUUGCAGUGUUCUACGAGAUGGCCAAAUCAAGAGCUUCUUGAAGUUCUCAGCUAAGACAUCUAGCCAUGAAUGA